AUGAAACAAUGGAGGCGCGGCCAGGCAUCGUCGUUGAUCAGAAUAGAACGGAAUGAAACAACUGACGCUUUGCUUCUUUUAAAUCCUAUUCCUUCUCACUCAACUUGGAUCUAUCUAAUUUGCGCAAAUGGCAAUGCUGAUCAUGCCGAACCAUUUUCAUCUUUUAACAGAUUGAAUAAUUUGAUCAUUUCUAGAUGUAGUGUAAGGGAUGCAUCAAUUCCAACCAUAUCAAGUGCAACCAUUGUAUAUUUAACUGUGCGUAGUAAUAGCUCGUCCGACUUUACCAAAAUCGAGCUAUCCGCUCCAAGUCUUCAUACAAUUACUUUUUACAGUACUCCUAAGCAGAGACUGUGUGGAAGCAGUCUUUCUUCAGUUAAACAAGUAAAUAUUCUUGUAGACAUAUUUUCUAGAAUUGGGGAGCCUUAUUUGAUUUUAUUCAGCUGGCUGCAAGACCUUGAUAAUAUAAAAUCAUUGACCGUCAAUGCAUAUACUCUUCAGAUUCUUUCCUUAGAUCCUGAUUUAUUCAAGGUUAAACUCCCUUCCUUGCGUAACUUGAAGUCACUGAAACCACGCCCUCUUGGAUUAUCAUCUUAUGUAAGGAAAGAAGUUGUGUUUAAAUACAUGUCGCGUAAAGAAGCUCACAAGAUACUUCUCAAAGAAGCAGAUGAACCAUUUGUAAUCAUACCUAAGGGGGUAGUAAACUUCUUGCUUCAAAACUCACCAUCUGCAGAAGUUGAUAUCAUCGAUUACAGGGGUCCGCAGUAAAUUAUGCAUUCAGUUAAAACGGACUUCCAAACUAAGAUAUAGUUGAGAAGAGUCAACACAACACCCACAUCCAACCUCAAAGAUAAUGGGCUUCGAAGAGUGCUCAUCAACAAUAUUGCCUUACAGGUUACAAUGCCUUCUGCGUCAACCUUUCUUUUGGAUUGUAGUUCAAAGUGACUGAAAGUAUCAGUUUGCUGAGUGCUGACUAUACUGACCUUGUACGAUUUGACAUGCAACGGAUCAUUCACAUGAAGUCUUUUUGAGAUUGGCGAGAUUAUUCCAUCUGAUAGUCUCCAAUUUAAUGCUAAAUUCCAAUAUACUGAUGGAGGAACCUGCAUAGAGUAUGUCUUGGCCAUUUAAUUAUGUACGAAUCCUGUACUAGUCCCGUUAUAUUGGUCCUUGUCUCUGUAUGAACAGGUGUGUUGUUUUGCUUUUGGGAGCCUAAAUGAAUUAUUGCGUUGUUACUAGAUA